UCGUACAAGAAAACCUUUAGUAGUUCACAGGGUCGCGAGAAUAUGUUUAUCAUCAGGCUUGCUGCUGAGGCGUUAGCCUUGACCGAUAAACAUUACGAUUGCCCCGGAAAUAUCGAACUAUCAGAUCUGAAUGCUGAUGAGCCAAACAUUGAGGCGGGUGAUAACAACGUCAAAGAGCGAACGCCUGAACCUGAUUGUCAACUGAGCCGAGAAAGAUUAGAAGAAAUCAGGGAUUCAUCUAAAGCUGAUGAGUUGUCUUUGCGCACGAAUCGAGUCCAAGUGACACCAAACAACACAGAUGCUCGUGCGGUGAAUGUAACGGAAGAGAAGGACAGCAUUUUGUUCAGUAUUCUCUCAGGACGCGAAGAUGUUCGUACUGCAUGUUUGCGAAGUGAACUAUAUCUGUGCUUCACUACUCAUUCUACUUGGUUCAAUGAAGCUGAGACGAGCUGUGAACAGAGACAGCCACUACAUCUAUUAAGACCAAAAUUUCGCACAAAUAUCCCAGGUUCAAAACGCACUUAUGACAACAGGUCCAAUGUGGAAGUGGCUUCAAUACACACAGAGAAACAGUAUACCUGUAGUGUAGCUGGAUCAAAAGUGAAGGAACAACGUGUGUCUCGGUCGCAACAUCGUUAUCAGGUUCAUGGUCCUGGGGUAAAAAUUGUCCCGACUGAUCAGCCGUUAGAUCUGUCCUCGUCCAGCAACAAAAAGCUGCGGGUAGCGAAAAGUUAUAAGGAACGAACAAGACGGACUAAAUCCAGUCGUUUAAAAAGGAUUACUUCGUGCCAACGGAAACAAGGACCAAAUUUCCACACUGACAGUGCUCUUCCCAAGGAUAUAAGCGGUAAAUGUAGUGAAUCGAUUUCAAAUGACGGAGCAAUACUUGAUAGAUAUUCAUGUUCAGGACAGCGCUUGGACUUGGGAUCACUGAACCCUUCAAGUAGGAGAUCUAAUUGUAUUGCCAAUUCCUUGAAAACCCAAGUCGAUUUUAACACAACGCUUCGUAGCCGGUUUGCAGACUCUUUUCCAUUCCCUCUCAGUUUAGCGGCGUCCAUGUCGAUUGUGGCCGCACUGAGUCCCUCUGUUGGUUCACGAAAUAAUGGACAAAGUACCACCGCGAGUCCUGUUUUGCCGCCAAUGGGAAGUGAUCCAUUGAUCGCCUCAAGACUGUUGCAACUUUUGACCCAGCGACUAAAUCACGACAAAGCGUUGGCACAAAUGCAUCUUCAUCCAUCUAAGCUUUCAACCCAAUCUCUAGUUCCUACCAAUUUGGCGUUUGACAAUAUAAAGGAUGCACAAGACUUUGACACUCGAUCUGGAUGUUGCCAAAGAACGAGCUUCACACAACUGACUGACACACCAUAUGCUGAUGGUGGUAUGGUUACAGGGAAUGCGGAACACAUGAUGUCAUCCCUACCGCUUGCAGAUGUCUCAAAGUACGGAUCAACCAUAGAUACUAAAACAAAGUUCGUUUCAACACUUGACAUGCAGUUCCGGGAGUUUUACAACAUCUUCAGUAACCUCAAUUACCAUCUCUCGCGUAUACACAAUGGAGCUCGUUCAGUGCUACAAAUUCCGUCCGUCGCACAGAGACUCAGUUGUGCUUUUAAUAACAGUGCCACAGCUCACGGGAAUGUACUACCGAGCAAUACUACUUUUAACCCGUCCACUGAUUUCAAAUCCUAUUUAGGAGAACUGCAGACACAGUUAUCUUCCGAGUGUCUCAAUAUGCCAAACUCGUACCUCAUUGCACACUCACUGCUCAGACGUUUGACGCGGCUUAUAAAAUGUCCGGAGUCAACGUUGUUAAAGUGUUUGGAUCAUCUGUCGCAUCGUCCGUUCUCCGACGAAAGUGCAACUGCGACAAGACAGCACACAUUUGUGCGUCUCCUGAGCUCCACACUGUUGCAUCUGACGCAAUGCCCUCUCGAAGAGAGACUUGACUGUUUCAAAGCCAACUGGCAUCAGGCAAUGGCGCUGUGUGGUGAGGACUGUCCCGGUAAAUUGAUUUUACUCCUUCGGAACCGGCUGGCGCAAAUAGCAAUUUGCAGCCAAAGAAGUAGACUGGAAGAAAGAGAAAAGGGGAUCCAACGAAAAGAAAUACGAUGUCAGGAAGUGGAGUUGACUCUGCACCGGACUGCCGAAUUUGGCAAAACCCUGAAGCAGUUGGAGAGGCUGCGCGUUGCAUUUGACCGCGCCCGCAUGACAUUUCCUGCAUGUUUGCUUGUGUGUGUUACUUUUCUCUUACGCGGAAGCCAUCGGACCAAGAUUGAGCACGAGACAACACUAUCAAUGGAGCGUUGUAUCGUUGACUACUUGAACACUCGGUAUGCCGAUGGGGAAUGCGCUACGCACGAUAACGCUCGAGUGACCAUGUUGAGCAAUGCGCUUGAAACUCUUCAAAAGCUGAACAAAGAAACCAUGAGGGGUCUAUUUACUGGUUUACUUCCGGAACCAGUUGAAGUGAUGUUGGAAAGGUCUGUAUGGAACAGAUAG